UGGCUUCCAUGGACCAUGGGCUACCCUUUGGGACUCCAUUAUUGGGGAAAUUUCUUGCCAUCUGUCAUUAAAAAGUGUUUCACAGCCAAUGGUGCAGAUUACAGGGGAACUCAGAACUGGACAGCACUGCAAGGCGGGAAGCCAUGUUUAUUCUGGAACGAGACUUUCCAGCAUCCAUACAACACUCUGAAAUACCCCAAUGGGGAGGGUGGCCUGGGCGAACAUAACUAUUGCAGAAACCCAGAUGGAGAUGUAAGCCCCUGGUGCUACGUGGCAGAGCAUGAGGACGGGGUGUACUGGAAGUACUGCGAGAUUCCUGCUUGUCAGAUGCCUGGAAACCUUGGCUGCUAUAAAGAUCAUGGAAACCCACCUCCUCUAACUGGCACCAGUAAAACAUCCAACAAACUUACCAUACAGACCUGCAUCAGUUUCUGUCGGAGUCAGAGGUUCAAGUUUGCUGGGAUGGAGUCGGGCUAUGCGUGCUUCUGUGGGAACAACCCUGAUUACUGGAAGUACGGGGAGGCAGCCAGCACCGAGUGCAACAGCGUCUGCUUCGGGGAUCACACCCAGCCCUGCGGGGGUGAUGGCAGGAUCAUCCUCUUUGAUACUCUUGUUGGUGCCUGUGGUGGGAACUACUCAGCCAUGACAUCCGUGGUCUAUUCCCCUGACUUUCCUGACACCUACGCCACAGGGCGGGUCUGCUACUGGACCAUUCGGGUCCCAGGAGCCUCCCACAUCCACUUCAACUUCACCUUGUUUGACAUCAGGGAUUCUGCAGACAUGGUGGAGCUGCUGGACGGCUACACCCACCGCGUCCUAGUCCGUUUCAAUGGGAGGAACCGCCCACCUCUGUCCUUUAAUGUCUCUCUGGAUUUUGUCAUUUUGUAUUUCUUCUCUGACCGCAUCAAUCAGGCCCAGGGAUUUGCUGUCUUAUACCAAGCGAUCAAGGAAGAACUGCUACAGGAGAGGCCCACUGUCAACCAGACGCUGGCCGAGGGGAUCACAGAGCAGGCCAACCUCAGUGUCAGUGCUGCCCGCUCCUCUAAAGUGCUCUACGUCAUCACCACCAGCCCCAGCCGUCCACCACAGACUGUCCCAGGUAGCAAUUCCUGGGCACCAGCAAUAGGGGCUGGCAGCCACAGAGUGGAAGGAUGGACAGUAUAUGGCUUAGCGACCCUCCUCAUCCUCACAGUCACAGCCAUUGUGGCAAAGAUACUUCUGCAUGUCACAUUCAAAUCCCACCGUGUUCCUGCUUCAGGGGACCUUAGGGAUUGCCGUCAACCAGGGCCUUCAGGGGAAAUCUGGAGCAUUUUUUAUAAGCCUUCUACGUCAAUUUCCAUCUUUAAGAAGAAGCUCAAGGGUCAAAGUCAACAAGAUGACCGUAAUCCCCUUGUGAGUGACUAAAACCCCAUCAUACUUAGGACACGGGAUCCCUCUUUGAGCUCAAAGCUGCCAAGGUCAACCUUGCCAUGGUUCUCCUCUGACAAAGACCAGCUCUUCCCUGCCGCCCCAUCCUGAAACUGAGAAGGAACACCAUGCUGUAGGGGCAGUGCAGCCCGGAUUCCUCCUGCUUCAUCAGCUGCACUUGGGAGAGAGACUCAAGGCCCAGCGCCAAGCCCUCCCUGCAUCUCUCUCUGGUCUAGCAAUGGGGGUGCCAGACAGGGAGGCCAAAAUGACAGAGAUGGUGGCAGCUAGCACUGGGCUCAGGUACAUUCUAGACGACGGCUGGGUGGUGGGUAGGGUUAGUGCACACUGAGCUUUUCUUCUCUGUUUUGUCCACACACAGAUCAGUUUGCUCCGGUCUUUACCGUUUGGAACAGGGCCAGGCUAGAACAAUUCUCAGGUCUCUUGAGGGCUGGCCUGGUUCCACACAAGUAUGGGCUCCUGGGUAUCAGCAGCCCCAAAUCAUGAAGAGGGCUGGUCCUCUGUACUGACUCUGGAGCUUUACUGUCGGAGGACUGGACUGGGAUAGGCCUAUUCCAGAGGGCCUGAGGGGAAGGGCUAGUGACCCCCGUUCGAAUCAAACCUGAUGCCUUCCAUACACAUGCUUUUUUCUAGAGGCUUCUUUCAGUAGCUCAGUGAGCUACAGAGCAAGCUUGAGGGGUGGGAUAUAAAACAUCCACUCAUUUAUUUCUGCUACAGACUCUACUGGAAGUAUUUGUAGGCACUCGGUAGCUCCUUUUGAAUUGGAUUUUUUUUGGUGGUGAGCAGUACUGGGGAUUGAACCCAGGACCCUGCACAUGCUAGGCAAGUGCUCUACCA